CAAUUUAGCGGUUAAAGCAAAAAAAAAAAAAAAAGGUUAUCAACUUUGAGGAUGAAUCUAGACGGCGUCUCAUCAGGCCAUCUCGAGGCUAAUUCCGAACCUCCGAUUCCGACAGGUUCGUCGAGUCCGAAGCUGAAGAUUAGUCCCAAAUUGAAUCGCUGGUCUAUGGGCCGAGCUUUAAGAUCUGGUGGUAAGCUUGACCGUCCAAUUAACCGUUCCGAUGACACACAUCGCCGUCAAGUAACGGAAGCGAAACAGACGGAGGAGGCUGGUAAGAAGACGUCGGCGAUUGACGUUGAGAUAACGGCAGGAAAGUCUAUAUAUUUGGUUUCCGACGGAACUGGGUGGACGGCAGAGCACUCCGUUAACGCCGCUUUGGGACAAUUCGAAGAUUUCUCGGUGAAUCGUGGGUCUUCUGUGAAUACCCAUCUCUUCUCUUGGGUUGAGGAUGAGGAGAGGCUUAUAGAGAUUAUCAAGCAGGCGGCCAAGGAAGGGGCAAUGUGUUUCUACACUUUAGCUAAUCCUUCUAUGGCAAAAUCCGCAAAACAAGCUUGUGAUCAGUUGGGUGUGCUUUCCGUUGAUAUUCUAGGACCAAUCAUCGAAGGGAUCGCGUCUCACUUAGGUGUUUCUCCAUCAGGUCUUACCCGUGGAGCACCUGGUAGGGUCAAGACUCUCAAUGAUGCAUAUUUCAAAAGGAUCGAAGCCAUUGAGUUCACCAUUAAGCAAGAUGAUGGGACUUUACCGGAGAACUUAAGCAAGGCUGAUAUAGUGCUAGUCGGGGUUUCCCGCACAGGGAAGACGCCAUUGUCCACUUACAUUGCUCAAAAAGGGUACAAAGUUGCCAAUGUACCGUUUGUCAUGGGCGUGGAACCACCCAAGACGCUCUUUGAGGUUGAACCCAGAAAGGUUUUCGGUUUGAAGAUUCAGCUUGUUGUACUGCAAGCGAUUAGGAGAACAAGGGCUAAAACUUUAGGUGUAGAUACGGAGGCAGAGAACAAUUACUCGGGGAUCGAUCUUGUUCGGAAAGAACUGGAUUUCGCUUCAAGGAUCUAUGCGGCAAACCCCGGAUGGGCAGUGAUAGAUGUGACGAAUAAGGCGAUUGAAGAAACCGCGGCUGUGAUUCUGCGGCUGUACCAUGACGGUAGAGACACUAGUACUACGGUACCGCGUAUCUCAAAACGCUACUAAGCAAGCACACUCCUUUGACCGUAGAGGAGGAAACAACAGUUUGGAUAAAGUUUUAAGUGAAUAAAGUAAUUGAUGUCUAUAAUAAUAAUAAUAAGUUACUAACAAAUCCAACCGAGGCAUGAAUCAUAUGUUUUAGUCAACGAAUGUAAGAGGAUGAAGGAUAACAAAAACUAAUAAUUGUGGUGGCUACUCUGAAUUCUUUUAAUACUAGUCUAUAUAUAAAACAAAAUAAUAACUGUCA